AUGGCGAAAAACACAGGUUCCAGCAAAUUUAGAAAAGUUGAUGUAGAUCAGUUUGACGAAGACAGGUAUGUUUUUUAAAAUAAAUUUGCUCCCUUAUAAUUAGUGCUAUUAAGGAAUUUAAUUUGGGGUGUGUACUGUCUGACUCACUUCUUAGUCUUAGUGGUCAUACUCACUGUGUCAGCGACAUACUAUUGUCACUCACUCUCAAUGACAGUGACUCGGUGUCAGUGCUUGUUAGCAUUAUCACAGUAUGACUGACACAAAUCAAUCAAAGAUUGUGGAGCCUUCUGCUUCUAUACAUUAUGGGCCCACAAUCAAUUUAUUAAUCAUUUUGGCUCCUACAUUUAAAUGCUAUACUACUAUACUAGGUACUUGAAUAUAAAUUUGAAAAAAAAUUGAAAUAAUUUUUUUAAAUAAUACAGUUAGUUAGAGCAAAUUUCAAAUUAAAAAAUGAAACCAGAAUCAACUUUUUAGCUUAAGUACUUUUUGAGCUACGAAUUUUUAAAGUGUGAGUUCGUUUGGUAUUUUUUUACUAUGGACGAAACCUCCACAUCUUGUGACCUCAUUCCACUGAUCGCGUCAAGCACAAUGUCUAUAUACUUUAUAUAAGGCAACGCAUUCCCUUAUCACUAAAAUACUGUUUAGGGUCGACUUAGUUUAAACUUUCAACUUUGGCACAUGAAUAAUUAAUUAAAGCUUUCCCUAACCAAUGGUUUAAUAGUUUUUGCACACGGCAAACUCUUAUGAAUGAAACUCUGAGGUAGUACUACGAUACAGCCAUUAUGCAAGUGGCUGUGAAUGGUUGUCAAUGACACCGUAAAUUCUGAUCAUUUAUAAUAUGGACUCGACCGGGUUUUUAAAGCUCAAAUUAAAACAUUCCAGUUUAAAUAUCUUCAAAAUGCAUUCUGAAAUUAAGUUAUCAAAUAUUUUGAUGUAAAUAGUGGUAAUAAUUAAAUAUUUCCUAAGAAUCAGCAACGUCCACCAUUAAAAAGGGGCAUAGCCCACGCCAUGUCGAAAUUAGGCUGAGCCAACUGCAUGACCUGCUGCGAACCAGUAGAAACAUGGCGUCUCUCGUUAAACACAUAUCAUUGUGAAAAUUGGCAUACGUGUAGAUCAAUACAUGCCCCAGAUCCAUAAAAAGUUUGGUAGUAUCAUGGUUUUUACUUCAACUUAAUUUUAAUGGUUGAAGUUGCCUUAUUUUCACCAAGGAUUUUCUCAAAGCUGACUGAUUGUAAAUGAAAAACAAAUAGAAUAAAAUGUAGGUUAAGAUGUCCUGUAAAGCGAAAGGCCGGAAAAGGAACACAAUUCUGGGAUAUAGUAAUUAUUUUAUGAAUGAAAUAGUUCCAUUAUCAAAAAAUUACAAACUUGGAUUUUUAUGCGCCGCCUUUUUCCCAUACAAAUUUUUUAGUAGUCUCCCUUGCUUCAUCGAAGUACCUAGCUAUACUAUAAUGCAUGUAGACGAGGGGAUUUGCAAUGUUUUUGUGCCUGGUUAUGAUGAGGAUAUUUCGCUGGUUGCAAAGGCUACUUUGUCAGGGUAUGAUGCACUGGGGGUUGGAAGGCCUGAGGCAAUAGAUGCAAAUGUGUCAAGUGUUGUCACCUCGUCUGUUCCUUUUGAAAGCUUGUUCCAGUCCCUUAUACUGAUUGUCUUUGGCAGGAAUGAGCAGUUCCUAUACAGGUAUGAGCCGGAACUGCCUGUCAUGGCCUCGUCACUGUCUUUGGGGGAGAGGGACGAGUUUCUGUUUAAUGCUGGUGCAGUGGACCAGCCCAUAAUAAUGGAGAGCCUUGAUAGUCAUCGUCGUUCCUCAAAUGGUGACCAGCCUAGUAUUUCCAGCAUGCUGCCAACACUAGAGGUAUUCCUGUAGAGGUUCAGGACAAAGCAUGCUGCCCAUUGCUGGACCGCCUCCAACCUGUCGAUACUCUUCUGGGUAAAUGGGUCCCAGACUGAUGAUGCAUAGUCUAAAAGCAGACGCCGGAAGGACAAAGGCUUUAUAGGCUCUUUUUUUCACACUGGAGUUGCCGAUCUUUAGAUAACGCCUUAAGAACCCCAGGGUCUUGUUUGCAUGGUUGCAUACAUUGUUAAUAUGCUCGUCCUUGCGGACCUCUCUUUGAAUGGUAACACCCGGGUACUUUACGGAGGAAACUGGCUCAAGUAUAUGGCCAUGCAGUUCCUAUUGGUAGUGUAGAGGAGUACAACAUUUAGCUAGAUAUCUUAAUGCUUACAAGAUUCCUCUCCUUGUCUCCUGUUAAAGCUUGCUCCUCCACUUUCAUUAAUUUUAAUUAAGAUUGUGAUUCAGCUGUCUGGAAGGCUACUGGUUGGAUGUGGCCAUUGGUGGAAGAUGCAGAUACAUAGAAAGUAUUUAAUUAUUACCACUAUCUACAUCAAAAUAUUUGAUAACUUGUGUUAUAAAUAAAAUUAGAGGGCAUUUAAAAAAUAAUAAUUUUAUUUUAGUUUUAAAAACUCAGUAGAGUCCUUAUUAUAUAAAUUAACAUAAUUUACCACGUGCAGUGCCAUUGUCUUGUGCAACCAUUCAGUCACUAGCAAAUGACUAUACUAUAUGUUAUCAUUUUCAGUGGAAUUGGGUCACCAAUUGUGGAACGAGCUAUGUAUAGUAAAAAAUUUACAAACGAACUUGCGCUUUAAAAAUUCAUAGCUCAAAAAAGUACUAAAGUUUAGGUUGAUUCUGGUUUAGUUUUUUUUUAUUUGAAGUAAAAUUUGUUAAUAUUUUUUUAUACUGAAGUGCCUAUUGUUUGGUUAAUUUAAAUAUUAAGUUAAAUCACAAAACACAUUUAGGAACAUGUACCCCCACUCUUCAGAUGGCUCAUGAUUGCCUCCAUUACCACACUUUGAGUAUGGAUGGUCACCCAGUAAUAUUUUAGACAGUUCCCCUCCUAACUUAAAUAAGUUUGCCUUCUGGCCCAAUCAGAUAACACAAAAGUUAUUUGCUAUAUAAUCCAUGCUUUUAAAUUGUAUAAUAAAUACAGCAAACUGGGAAUAUAAAUAAAUCUAUUAUUAUACUUAUUAUACUAUAAUAUUAAAUUUACAGCUAUAAUUUAAAGCAAAACAAAAAAGGAAUGGCUAAUAUGAUCACAUAUUAAAAUAUUUUUGCCAUAAUUUAUUUACACAAAAAACUUGGGGGAUACCCACAUAUCUGCAAUUUACACAGACAUCCUUUACUUUGUUAAGCUUAAGAGAAGAGUUAGAGCUACCUUAUAAAAUAUAUUAUGGGGUAAACACGAAACAACAAAUUUACAAUUUGUUUAAAAAAUCUUAAACUGAAGAGAUCUGGGUACUUAGAAAAUUUAAUCACAGUGAGUCGAGCUAUAUAAUUGUUUCUUUUUUUGUUUGUUUCAUUGCACUUCCCAGAUUCAAAGAUGAUGAAGACGCAGAUGGUUCAGGAGUUGACCAAGGUCCCAGUGAAAGUGAGGUUAAUAACCUCCUAGCAAGAUAUCCUUUCUUUAAUUUUAACAGCACAUGAGAUUUAAAAUGUCUUUCAAAGAGAAGUCUAUUGUGUCUGCAACAAUAUCUAUACCUAGACAAGAGAUUCUAGAAUUUCCUAUGACUGGAUGAUGUAUAAAAAUAGUUUUUAAAAUAUUAUUGAUACCAAGUGCUUUUUUGUGUGAUAUAUCCUUUUUAUAAGCAUUUUUUAAAUGACUAAGCCAGUCAUUUUUAAAUCCUACUUUAUGUUGGCUGCAAUCUUACAAAUUCAAUGGUUGAUAUUUUUUUCAAAUAGGUUGUGCUGUGUUGAUAUAUUUAUUCCACCUUGGUAUUUUCUCAGUAGCUGGAGAUGACCCUGGACCUGCUGCUAUUUUUUGGUUAAGUGGCAAAUGCUCCCAUUACGCUGCAGGUCUGACUUGAUUAAAAAGUUGGUUUUUGAAAAUAUUCUUGAACUCUAAUUAAAGUCGAAAAGCCAUAGUUGAAAUUUAACUAAAAAUUAUAUAACACAACCUUAACAUUUAGCACAGAUAAAAGCCAAGAGGCCUUGCUGCAUGUUUUACAGAAUGCUCCAUCGAAUUCCAAAAAUCAAGCUGUUAAGGUAACACUAUUUUUACUUAACUCGUCAAGCUUAUCUUUAAAUUAAAAGACUAAAUAGUUUAUUUAUGUAAAUGCAGCUCUGUAUUCAAUUACUUUUUGUAUUUGUAAACGACUAAAAAAAAAUAUUAUUUUUGAAUACUUAUUAGGAUAGGGCGGCUAAUCUGGCAGUGAGGGUUCUAACAUCGUUCAAAGGUGACAUGGACCAGUGUAUCAAAUCCUUAGACAAUAAAAGUAUAGACAUCCUCAUGAAGUACAUCUACAGAGGCUUCGAGACACCCACGGAAAACAGCAGCGCCAUUCUUUUAACUUGGCACCAGAAGGUCAGCUUUUACUUUUGCUAAAUUAUUUUCUCAGUUUAGUACGGGUAGUUAUUAUUUCAUUAUAAUAGUUUUAAAGAAAUUUCUGCAUACUUGCAGGACUUACAAUUUUGAUAAAAUCCCCCGAGAGUAUGUUGUUGGGAUUAGAAAUAAUUAAGGGUCGUCUUUUAUUUUCAUAGACAAAAUCUAUUAAUAGUUAAGAGAAUAUUUUGACUGUCAUUUAUUUUAAAAGGAAUUAUACCUUUAUAUCCACAUAGCACAUAGAGUAUAAAAAAAUCUUCUAUCCGCAUGACUAUUUCUCCCUGUAUGGGGACAAAAAUGUCAUAAUCAAUAACGUUUUAAGACAGAUAACAUUGAUUUUACAUCGUUAAUUAAAUUAAAGGAAUCUGUAUUACUACAGCUAGCACAAUUAACCAGAGAAUCAUCUAUAAUUACAUCUAAACUAAACUGCUAUUAUCAAAUUAAUCAUCUUAGGUCAUUUUUGACAAAAUUACUACUCAUAAGUGUAAAAUAAACUUUAAAAAUUGAUAAAAAUCAGAUUUUAUAAAAGUUGUGAUUUAUCGAUUUGGGAAGGAUGUAAACAUGUUUGAAUUCAAAGGAGAGAUUGUUCAUGAAUUUUUUUGAUGUUGUUAUGUUGUUAUAUGGUGGCCUAUUGGCCACAUGCGGAUAAAAAGGUUAAAAUUGGACAUGGUCAGUGUGUUGACCAGGUGGCAGUAUGGGUUUUAGUACAGAGUCCUAUAAUUUAACUAAAAUGUGAAUGCUUGAUUGGAGCAGAUACAAGAAAGGAACAUCAUGCUGAACUUGGCAUCAGUUGUUCGUUUCUAUAAAAGAGUAAGAUACGAUAAGUAUAACUACUUUAGUUCAAUUUUGAGCAUGAUAAAUAUUGGAUGAAAUAUUUCUCAACCCUAAUAUUUGGUUAUAUUUCCACAGACAUUUGCUGCCGGAGGACUAGGAAGCAUAAUGAGAGUCAUGACUGACAGGAAGAGGGUGUAACACGAAGGACGGAUAUCAACUUGUUUGGGUUAUGGUUUUUUAACUGUGUUUAGAACAAUGAAUUAUUAUAUUUCUCUCUGUUAUUGUUAUAACAAUAUUGAUAACUAAACUUCCUACCAGACCAUAAUUAUUAUUUAUCAUGUGUACAUCUUGAGGUGUGUUUAAGAUUUCAUUGACAUUUCCAGCUGUACCGUAGCUUGCAGUUAAACAACUGACAACACAUAUUGUCCUUAAAUAGUUAGGUAAACUCAAUAUGACACAGUUGCUGGUUAAUUCAAAAAAAGUUUUAUGUGGUGAGAGUCAAUUGUGCCUUAGGUGAAUAAAUGAAAGCAAGGGGCAUAAUCAUCACUUAGCUCUAUACUGAUAUAGGUAACUCUGGUAUGAUGGAAAUAUAAUAUAUAUACAUUCACUAUGCUUCCUUUUGUAGAAAAGUAGGUUUAACAUGAAUAUUUCAUUAGCUUUAUCUUUAAACAUAUUGAGUCUUUACCCGUGGCAAGAAUAUGGCUUAAAAAGCUUCAAUAGAUAAAAUAAUAUUUUUAAUUUUUCUUUCGUCUAGUACCAAAUAGUUAUUUUAACAAUUUAGUCUAUUUAAAUUAAAAAAAAAAUUAUAAUCAUUUGUUGAUUCAUAUAAGUUAUAAUGUUUUUUUGAUUGACUUGUACAUGGAUAUUUAAGCAUUUUCUAUGGGGAACAAAAAUAUUUUGGUUUUGAAGACAGUAAAUGUAAGAAAAGUGUUCAUUUCAUUUAAAGUUAUUAUUAAUUGUUUUGUAGUGUAGUUUAAUAGAUAAAGUUAUUUAAGUGUUGAAGAACAUUUUCAGAAUUCUCAAGCCUUGCUCAUUAGGUUUUAGAAUGGCAAUAUCUUAAUUAUAUUUUUAUUACAUUUAUCAGCCAUGUUUCCGCCCCUUAUAUAAUCACUGUUGCGAAUGGUCACAGAUCAGCAUAGGAAAACAACAGUAUUGUACAACUUGAUCAAAACGAAACAGUUUGUCCAGAAUGUUGAAGUUGCAUUGUCUGUUGUACUAUGAGUUACUUGAUGGUCUCUUGUGAUCAUGUUCAUUAACAUUUAUAAUGGUUUUUUUUUCCCACAUUCAUUUGUCAUGUUGUGGAAAUGACUUGCUAAAACGAUUUCCUUAUUUUUGCUGGAUGUGAUAAUGCAAAUAUAUUUUAUAACUUAAUUGGGGGGGGGGGGCAUUUUAGUAUUUCAAGUAGUGUUUAGAAAUCAAUAAAUUAGUCCAUAUAAGAAUUUAUAUGUUGUGGAAAUGACUUGCUAAAACGAUUUCCUUAUUUUUGCUGGAUGUGAUAAUGCAAAUAUAUUUUAUAACUUAAUUGGGGGGGGGCAUUUUAGUAUAUACAGUAGUGAUUAGAAAUCAAUAAAUUAGUCCAUAUAAGAAUUUAAGAUAACUUAGUUAAAUAUUUAGUCAAUAAAAUAAAUUUGUAUCAUCAGUUGUAUUACAUGUAACAUGUAAGCUAAUUUUAAGUUUCUUCUUUCUCUUAUGUGGGCAGAAUACCUGGAUAUUUUUUUCAAGCUUUAAUAUUUCUAUAUAAAUUGGUAACUUAAAUCAUUCAACCGUUUCACAUAAUAAGCACUUGGUUUAGUUUUUGCCUGAGCAAUGAGAAUUACUGAUAUGCAUAGGCAAAGCUAUAAAAUAAAAGGAAUGCCAUAUUAUAGUACAGAAGGUGAGGUUUGAAGUAACAGUUCAAUCAUCAUUUGAUGUUUCUGUGAUUCUUGAUUGUUUUGACCAACAAUACAUCAACCUAAACUUCUGUAUUUAUAACACAAGGUUUUUUGCUUCUUCAUUAUGUGGUCUUCUAGCCAUGUGUUUGUGCAUGUCAUUUUAUUUUUGUUGUUCCAUGUUGAUCUCGCAUAUUUGUGUAUGUGUUAUUUGCAUGAGUUAUCUGCCCUGAUAUCUAAAGGGCGCUAAUUAAAUCUAAAUAUUUCUAAUUGAGUGAGUUGCUUACCAUUAUUUAAUUUACUCGUUUUUUUUUUAGAAGAUAUUGCCUAUCUGCACAUAACAUUGGUCAUUGUGUAAAGUAAUUUAAAUAGCAAAGAUAAAGGGCGCUAAUUAAAUCUAAAUAUUUCUAAUUCAGUGAGUUGCUUACCAUUAUUUAAUUUACUCUGUUUUUUUUUUAGAAGAUAUUGCCUAUCUGCACAUAACAUUGGUCAUUGUGUAAAGUAAUUUAAAUAGCAAAGAUAUGUUUAUUAACAU